CAAAGAUCUUGUCAUCCUUUUCAGCCGUUUAAGUUUCACCAAUAAAGGUUUCUUAACCUGAACUUCAAACUUCCUGUGUGGUCUCAAGCUCUGCAGUUUGCUCGCUCGCUCGGGCCCAGUACGCACUCACGCAUUCCUUCUGCUCUACUGUACAUGCAUCAGAACCUGCGGCCCACAUGUCCAACCCAGUGGUAACCAGUCAACCGGGCGCCGGCGGCUAUGGCACCAACGUUCAAACGGGACAGUGGAGCACGGGCCUCUGCUCUUGCUGCAGUGAUUUAUUGAUUUGUGCUUUCGGCUGCUUCUGCCCAUCCAUUCUGGCCUGCUACACUGCGGACAAGUACGGUGAAAACUGCUGCUUGGGCUUGGUGCCGGGGGGCUUGACGGCUAUGAGGACUCACAUGAGGCUCACGUAUGGCAUCCAGGGGACAAUUUGCAACGACGCACUCAUGUCGUGCUUCUGCGGCCUCUGUGAGUUGUGCAGAAUGGCCAGAGAGAUCCGCAUCCGGAAUGGAGAAACUUUGCCGUAAUUCAAGAGAGAUUCAAGAUUCAAGGCAACGGUAGAGCAAAGGAAUGCUUGUGCCCCAAAGAAGAGAUAUAAUAAAGAUUUUUUUUUCAAACAAA